AUGCUGUCACCGAGGCGGCACCUCAGCGUCUUCCGCGUCGGUAACAGUGGUGACGGCAUCUCCAAAGCUACUUCAUUGCGCGAACAGUUGGACAGUUGCGACAAUAUCUCCUCAUUUACCGCCGUCAAGCGAGAGCGGAGAAGUGGUGGUGUUAUUGCCACUGCCGUCGCCGCCGCCGCCGCCGCCGCCGCCGCUGUCGCCCUCUGUAGACUGAGUUCUCGCCUUGGAGAUACCGUUUCAGCUCCGAAUCACAAAUCUCCGACUAAUGAUCGGAUCAGGCCUCCAGAUCUUGGGCUGAUCGCUUUUCAGGUUGUUACAGGGCAUGAAGGUUUUAUUGAACUCUCAUUGAGCCUACUUAGCCUGGAAGAUGGUGUGCAGGUGUAG